UUGACCAGCAGACGCAGAGCCCACCUCUGGCUCAGAAUCACUGACAUUUAGACUCCUGGCUUCAACCUGUUUACAAGCCGGCUUUCCAAAGGAGGGGGGUGGAGGGACACGGGGCCAAACAAAACACCAACUGCCCAACUGCCGUCCCCCCAAAACCAGAAGUGACUUUCUGCAGACCUCACAUCCACAGGCACCACCAAAAAGAGAAAGCAAGAGGCAGAAGAGAACAGCGGCUGGUGACGGGGCAGCUGCCUCCGGCCCCGACAGCCCGGGAGGAGGGACGCGGGAGCCGUCCAGGGGCUGGGGCUCCGCAGAGAGGGGCCGGCGGGCGCGACCUCGGGCGGGAGCAGUGCGCUGCCCCAGCCUCGCGCCCCAGCCUCUGCGGGUCUCGUUCCCCGUGCUGUCAUCUGUUUUUUCAGACUAUUUUCUUUUUUCGUCUAACAUGGUGAAGAAAGGAGUGAAGAAGAGAACAAAGUAACUCCUGGGGGAGUGAAGAUCGCCGGUGACCCGCUGCUCUAUCGCCACCCAGCAGCUCCCGCGACCGCGGCCACCCACCCUGGUCCACCAUCGCCCGGAGCCUGCAGGGGCGCCCAGCGGAUCCCGGACGGGAGCGAGGAGAGGCAGCGGCCCGUGCGAGGAGUGAUGGAUGGUGGUGCAUUGCCUGCUGGCCAGAUCUGCACCCAGAGGGAGCUAGGCAGCGGCCGCCACCUCCAGCUGUCUCCUUGCCGCCGCGCACCGGGUCUCACCCUUCCAGUAUGUUCGUUCUGAUAAGACAAUCUCCAGCGCCGAGAGUUUCAGUACAAUGUGGAAAUGGAUACUGACACAUUGUGCCUCAGCCUUUCCCCACCUGCCCGGCUGCUGCUGCUGCUGCUUCUUGUUGCUGUUCUUGGUGUCUUCCGUCCCUGUCACCUGCCAAGCCCUUGGUCAGGACAUGGUGUCACCAGAGGCCACCAACUCCUCUUCUUCCUCCUCCUUCUCCUCUCCCCCCAGUGCCGGGAGGCACGUGCGGAGCUACAAUCACCUCCAAGGGGAUGUCCGCUGGAGAAAGCUCUUCUCUUUCACCAAGUACUUUCUCAAGAUCGAGAAGAACGGGAAGGUCGGCGGCACCAAGAAGGAGAACUGCCCGUACAGUAUCCUGAAGAUAACUUCAGUGGAAAUCGGAGUUGUUGCCGUCAAAGCCAUUAACAGCAACUAUUACUUAGCCAUGAACAAGAAGGGGAAACUCUAUGGCUCAAAAGAAUUUAACAAUGACUGUAAGCUGAAGGAGAGGAUAGAAGAAAACGGAUACAACACCUAUGCAUCCUUUAACUGGCAGCACAAUGGGAGGCAGAUGUACGUGGCACUGAAUGGAAAAGGAGCUCCCCGAAGAGGACAGAAAACUCGAAGGAAAAACACCUCAGCUCAUUUUCUUCCCAUGGUGGUGCACUCGUAGAAGGCAGUGCUUGUGGGUGCAGCAGAACCGGAGGCUCUUUGGCCGGGAAUAGUGGGUAUUCUUCAUGAAGAUAAUAACUCAAAAGGCAAAGACACACAGCAGACAUCUGUUUGCUCGAAAGAAAGGGAAUCUUGGAUGGUUUUUUGUACUCACUGCUGAAGUAUGAGGUUCUUUUAUUUAGUCCGUAUCAUGCCUUAUAACUGAGAUAGAGGUGGAUCAAGUGGGAUGGAAGUUAUUCCCAAGCGAACAACCUUAUGGCUAGGUUUUUGCUUGAAUUUUGUUUUUUAACAUCUGAGAUAGAACGUAAAGGACAUGAAACAACCUGUUGAAUGAUCUUUGGAAAAGUUAUUUAUGGAAUAUGAACUCAUAUCAAAGACCUACACUGCUCAUUCAAGCCUGACGAUUCAAUGAGCAGUAAGACAUGCGUGCAUGUGCUGGAAAGCACUUGGGUGAUGCUUGUGCACAACCAAAGGAGCUCUGGGCAUGGCAUCAUGGAAGCAUCGGAUAGGACUGAAAAAUGUACACAAGUUAGUGUGAAACUGUUCUAACAAAACCAAUAGUACGGUAUGCUUGUGCAUUCUGCCUUCAUCCCUUUCUAUUUCCUUCUAAGUUAUUUAUUUAAUAGGAUGUUAAAUAUCUUUCGGGGUUUUAAAGAGUAUCCUCAGCAGCUGCCCCCUGAUUGGCCCUUUCUUUUUCUUCAGCACACCACAUGCAUGUUCAUGACAAAGCGUUUUUAGAACUUGGCAAACACUUCCGGACGAGGACCUGACAUUGCAGACAGAAGCAGAGUGAGUGCCCCACAGGCCAUCCGUUGACUUAAUCAGCAUGUCCAUAAUGAGAACCAUCAACCAUACCCAUCUGACAGUGCUGUGGCAUGGCUUGAGUGACAGAUGUCUCCCAUCGUUUAGAAACGUAUCACUGCUAAGUCUUCCUUUCCUAAGACCUAGACCAGAAGGCUAAACUUUUCUCUUCCAAUACAUCAAUGGGUCUCCAAGAAUAUACCAAAAGAAGGAAAAUUAAUUGUUAAGUACACCUUAGUAGCCUAGCCUUAUUAUUUACUAGUGAUUUCCUGUCAUGUGUCACAGUGGGAGGUGAUGAGGAGGCUGUCUUUGUACAGGAGAAUGCUAAGCCCCGCCCCCGGGGUGCAUCUUCCCCACGGGAGGUCUAAGGAACUUGGUAUGAAGGGCAACUUUCCCAGGGGCUUCACCUAAGCAGAUGUAUCCUAGUAUAUGUGUAACCAUGUACUGAAACCUGUUCCAUCCGUACGAUCUAGUCUUUACACAACCAAACACAACUUCCUUUCUGUAGAUUUGAAGACUAUAACGUGUUGAAAUUCAUCUUGUUAGAGCAGGCAUAGGAAACAGUGCAUCAGGUUGUAUUCUACUAAAGAAAUACAUAAGCCUUAUUUGCAGUGUCUGUAGUGAUUUUAAAAAUGUAGGAAAAUACUAUUUGUUCUAAAUAUUUCAAGUGGUAACUAUAAGAGUAUGUUGAUGCUGCCAUUUUAUCUUCCUAUUUCUUGUCUUGAAAAGGUCUGUGUAUUGUUUGGAUGUGAUAUUUUGGAACAAGAAAAAAGACUCACUAAACGUGUUCUUUUACUAAAGUUUAACCUCUAGAAAGGCUGGUGGUUUGUGAUCUUCUCUUAGAACUUAAUUGUGUCAAUGCUUAACCAGCUCUUCCAGUUAAUCUGUGAUUUAAGAAUUAGCUUUAUUAAGAAACUUUCCCAUAGAGUAAUCCUACAAAAGGUCAUAUUUUUCUCAUUCCUUAAAAAUUUGGGGAUUUCUAAAGAAAUGCAUCCGAAGCAGUAAAUUGGCUUAUGGCUUAAGUUGCCUUUCAUGGCACCUGGCUUCCAACUUGCUUUUUGACAAAUGAGAUAACUAAAAAUGUUUAAUUUUUGCAGUUGGACUCCGCAGGUUAAAAUUGAAUGAGUAACAGAGUCUGGGACCUACAGUGUAAUGCAUUCCUCUCAGAACUAGGUUACCUUUGUUCUUUUAUUUUAAAAUAAUAAUUGCACCUGACACAUGAACACGGACCACCCACAACCCAAAUUAAAUGUUUGAUGAGACCAAUAUAGUAUUGGAUGACCGUGGUAACAGCAGAUAGGGCACAAACUGGGUUCCGAUUUCACAUGGCCAUUUAGAUUGCCACAGAGACCGUGUAAACAGUCAUCAUUAUGUACUCAGAACAGCAAAACAGCUCCUAGCAACAUGCAUCAAAGCUUGCAGAAGCAAAAAAUGAAAACCAUCUCCCUUUCCUCUCCCCCCUCCAACACACACACACACACACACACACACACACACACGCAAAUUGACAGAGAUGCAGAAACAUUCUGAUAAGGAGUAAUGAGGUUCUCCUGUAUUUAAAAAUGGCAUCUUUGCUCGAUAUUGAGACAGAAUUCUGGUCCUCUUUGCCGCUGGAUUGUGCUACUGGAGAAAAAGCAGUUCCAGUCCUGAAUGUUGUAUAUUUUUUUAAAAAAUCAUCACGAUCUUGGGAGCUCUGCCUCUGUGGGAACUGUCUUCCCCCAACCCCCGGCCCAGCCACAAGGUCAAGGUACAUCAGCCAGAAACGGGCAUCAGCCUUGAGCUCAGGCUCCUGAGGAGACGCGUCAUAAAGACACAGCAUCCCUCUCUCCUCCCACCUCCCAGAUGGCUGAACAGUGUAUAGCAUGUUACAUUUAAAUAAAUUAAUAAAAAUGCUGGAAAAGGAAAAUAAAGAUAUCGUCCUUGUUUGCUUUAUUAGCCUAAAACCUCACCUGGUCCUAAAGAGAGACGCUCCUGGGUCGUGUGCAUGGCAGGAUGUGGUUAAAUGCCCCGCAGCCCCAAACAACAACAACUGAGAAAACAUCACUCAACCAUUUGUAAGAUUUCUUUAAUGCUUUACAUGUGUGAGGCCGCUAUCCCUACUCUAAUAACAACCAAAUGCUUUCCAUUUUUCCCCACGUAGCCAGGUCCACCUCGUUUACACAGUGGAUAAAGGAGGAUGGAUUGAACACGGGAAUGGCUUGUGAAACAAUGACACUUUUGGAGGAAGGCCAGGGGGCUGCCAAAUCUGAUUUCAAGGGGGUAGAGCAGGCCAGUGACUUUGAUUGGGAAAGCAGAGAGAAAACAAAAUACAGAAUCACUUGGAUCCAGGGCCCACACAAGGUUAUUGACACUAUUUAAAUAGAUACACAUUCAUGCCACACAGAUUUAGUGAUUUUGAUAUUGUGAAUUCAGGGUUUAUGCUUAUCCGCAAAAGUAAGAUUUAUCUUCUCCUUGUCAUUGUUUAAAUACAGAUAGCUGUAGGAAGCCAUGAUAUAUUUCAGGGAAGAUAUCAAGUUCAUUAGAAGUAGCACAUUUACAGUUGGUGAACAAUUCUUUUCUAUUUCACUGCACGGGACUCCGGCCACUUACCCUAAGCAGUAAGAAAAGGAAGGGGGCAUUUUGGAAGGAAUCCUGGACAGACAGGGCAGCUCUAUGUGCACCAGGACUAGGACUAGGACAGGACGCAGUUAAGACCCGCCUCCUUUCAGGCUCUCAUUUUGCUCUUAUCUCUGAUUGGCUUGAUUUGCUUGGCUACUGCUUGCGUCCAGUUUACUUCUUUCCAACUCCAACACCCAAAACCUUUUUCUCAAGGCCCUAAAAUGGAAACAUCCUAGGUAUGAGUCACAUGGGCCAAGUCUGAAUAACACACCGACCUCUAGAGCAACCCGUGUGACAAGGGAUAUGGGCAUUGUGAUGACCAAGCUUCGGUAACACGGCCAAGGUGACAAGGUGUGGAUUUUGGCACCCUCCGCAGUUGGAACUAAUAGAAAGCAGUGUGCCAAAGGGCAGUGCUGGGCAGUUCAAAAACACAACGGUCUUUAUCGACAUCUGCUUAAAUGAGACUACUGACUUACAUAUCUUUAAAUCCUGCAUUUGUCACUAAUUCUAAUUAGCCUCCACCUAUUUAUUCAAAUCAGAGAUUUCAAGAUCUUAUUCUAUAAUGCAUUUUUUUUUAAUGGGGAAGAUUGGAUUUGUCUUGUUUUGUUUUGUUUUAAAGCCAAGACCAGGGCUCUGACGAUAGCCAGGCUCACUAUAAUUCUGCAAACUUCACAGAAUGAUCAUUGAGAUGAAUGCAAGUUUUCACUAAGUAAAAAAAAGGUGGUCCUUCUACUAAGUAUCAACCUAUAUCACAACGUGACAGUAUAAGUAUUCCUUUAAGUUUAUCCCAAGAGUUUAUGUACUAGUAUUUUCAAGUAUAUCAACAUGUAGAAUAAAAUCUAAAAAUGA